UGAAAUGCAUGGACAGACGGCGAGCAUCGGAAGCCUUUGACGGGCAGUUGGCCGCACGUGUCUUCAUAGAGAUACGGUCGCUUUCUACUCAACCUCCUUUACUUGAAUUAAUUUGCACGUACAAUUACAUUGCUCAUCCUGCUUCAGCAACUUGUUUCAGCCACCGUACCUACUGAUCCUCUCUAAUUUAGCAAUAAUGGAGUCGGAAACUUCAGAUUGAGGUGCAAAAGGUGGUAUAUAUUCUGGCACAGACUGAGCAGUGCAUUAGGAAGAGAAAAGAGACAUGGGGUUGAAGUGGAAGUCGGAUAAGCAUAUCAAUAUUAUUGUGGUUAUUUUUGGUGUAUUGGGUUUGAUGGCAGAGGUUUGUAAUGGUGGAAUAACAAGUAAUUACGUUAGAAAUGAUGAUUUAGGUCGGGAUAUGCCAUUAGACAGUGAUGUCUUUCGAGUUCCACCUGGCUACAAUGCCCCACAACAGGUUCAUAUAACUCAAGGUGAUCAUGUUGGGAAGGGUGUGAUUGUGUCUUGGAUUACUCCAGAUGAACCAGGUUCAAGCACGGUGGUUUAUUGGGCAGAGAAUAGUGAGGUCAAGCAUAGUGCUCAAGGCAUAAUUCUGACUUACAAGUACUUCAAUUACACUUCUGGAUUCAUUCAUCACUGCACUAUUCACAAUUUGGAGUUUGACACCAAAUACUAUUAUGAAGUUGGGAUUGGGAACACCACAAGACAGUUUUGGUUUACAACUCCUCCUAGUGUUGGUCCUGAUGUUCCUUAUACUUUUGGAGUUAUAGGGGAUCUUGGUCAAACUCACGAUUCAAACAGAACACUUACACAUUAUGAAUUAAACCCUGCUAAAGGACAGACGGUUUUGUUUGUCGGAGACCUCUCUUACGCCGAUGACUAUCCAUUUCAUGACAAUGCCAGAUGGGAUACAUGGGGGAGAUUCGUAGAAAGAAAUGCUGCUUAUCAACCUUGGAUUACCACUGUUGGGAAUCAUGAAAUUGAUUUUGCUCCACACCUUAAUGAGACUAAGCCCUUCAAGCCUUACACAAAUCGUUAUCACGUACCAUACAAAGCUGCUCACAGUACAUCUCCUCUCUGGUAUUCCAUCAAAAGAGCUUCAGCAUAUAUCAUAGUUUUGUCUUCUUACUCAGCUUAUGGUAAAUACACUCCUCAGUAUAAAUGGCUUGAAAAGGAGCUACCUAAAGUGAACAGGACAGAGACGCCGUGGCUUAUUGUUAUUAUGCAUUGUCCUCUGUAUAGUAGUUACGUACACCACUACAUGGAAGGAGAGACUAUGAGAGUAAUGUAUGAGAAAUGGCUGGUGGAGCAUAAAGUUGAUGUUGUCUUUUCCGGUCAUGUUCAUGCCUAUGAACGAUCUGAACGUGUGUCAAACAUUGCAUACAACAUUGUGAAUGGACUUUGCAAUCCCAUAAGCGACCAAUCUGCUCCAGUCUAUAUAACAAUUGGAGACGGAGGAAACUUAGAAGGAUUGGUGACCGAAAUGACAGAGCCACAGCCAAGCUACUCAGCUUAUCGGGAAGCUAGCUUUGGACAUGGAAUUUUCGAUAUAAAGAACAGAACUCAUGCAUAUUUUAGUUGGCAUCGGAAUCAGGAUGGCUAUGCAGUAGAGGCUGAUUCCUUAUGGUUUCACAACCGAUACUGGAAACGCUUUCAAGAAUCAUCAGUAGCUGCAUUGUAAUACCAAGAGCUAUUAAUAGUCCAGAACCAGUCGCUUAACCAAGUUUUUACUUUUCUACCUUACUUCUAAACUUUUAUCUUGCUCAUGUAAGGAUGUUUGAAAAGAAAGUGAUCUUUUAUGGUAUCAUUUGAUAGUACUAGUCAUACUGUAUAUAUUAUCAAUAAGUAUCAAAUAAAACAUUCAACUUCCAAUCUUGUUAAUUUUUAA